AUGGGCUCGGAACCCGAGCCCCAGGCAGCCCGGACACCCUUCAGCAUCGCAGACAUCCUAGGCCCGCGCUGGGUCCCCCGAGGACCGUCGGCGCCGCCGCUUCCAGAGUUCAGCGCAGGUCCUACGUCGCCGCUGUGCGCGCUGGAGGAGCUGACUAGUAAAGCUUUCCGCGGACUGGACGGGCACGCCCUGCAGCCCUCUGAAGGCCGAGCGGCCCCGAGUGCUCUGGGCCCCGGCCCGGCUGGCCGCAGACGGCGAAAGUCACGCACGGCCUUCACCGCGCAGCAGGUGCUGGAGCUGGAGCGGCGCUUCCUAUUCCAGAAGUACCUGGCGCCGUCCGAGCGCGAGGGGCUGGCGGCCAGCCUCGGCCUGGCCAACGGGCAGGUGGUCACGUGGUUCCAAAACCGGCGUGCCAAGCUCAAGCGCGACGUGGAGGAGAUGCGCGCCGAUGUGGCCUCGCUGCGCGCGCUGUCCCCCAAAGUGCAGGGCCUGCUGGCGCUGCAGGAGGGCGCCCCCUGCCUCGGCCUGGGUCCGGGCCCCGUGCGGCCUGACUCCGGGCCCCACCUGUCAGACGAGGAGAUACAGGUGGACGAUUGAAGGCGAAGCCGCAGCCUCGGCUCUGGAGCCCUGGACUUCUUUACCUCCUUGCCUCUGCGUUCCGAGCCCUGUCCCGGUUAUGGGUGGAGGGCGGUGUCGAUCCUGGCCAAUUCCACUUCACAGUCCAGACGCCAACCUUUCCUAGUUGUUGAGAAUAAAGUCGAGACUCUACCGAACCACGACUCAAUCCCACUCCCGGAACACUAAGGGCAAAAUCCGCUGGUUAUUUCGAAUAUUCCGUGCUUGGCACUGUACGGAGCAGUU